AUGGAGAAAUUCAGCGCAUAUCGAGAUCCCGGAACUGGCAUCCAGCCAUUCCUGACGCCGGUUCCACCAUCGGGGUCCAACGUAUUAGCCACUUUGUUGUUGCCGUUUAAAUAUGCUAUCGCAGCUGUACGGACGCUGCUAGUACUAGUACUGCUUGCUGUCUAUACCGUGGACGUACUAGGCAUUUGUGCAAUUUUACAUCCUAUAGCGCCGAUACAUCGAGUCGUAACAGGGCUGCUCACGUCUUUGCUGACCAGAAGUGCCUUGUUCAUAAUAGGGCUUACAUGGAUACCUGUAGAGCGUGUCUCGCGUAAACGGGGACGCGGAAAGCCUGUGGCUAACGCAUGGUACCCCAAGGCUGGAGAUGUCAUUGUAUCGAAUUGGGUAUCGUGGAUUGAGUUGUUGUGGCUAGCCUGUCGCUACAAUCCUAUCUUCGUUCUCCCCGUUUUCGACCCAUUGACUGUAACCACUCCCACUCCAGGCCGCGAUGGGAUCGUGACCCACACGCCAGGCCGGCGAACAGGAACAGGCUCAGCGAACAUAGCCUCUACACGGCAAGCGUCCCCUCAGGGCACGUUUCGUGGAUUCCGCGUCAGCUCUCUUCUAGAAAUGAUCCUCCUUACCGGUCGAGUUCCUCCGUAUGAUUCUGCCGCAACUACACCGUGCAUGAAAUUCGAUGAUAUCCAGAAACAAGCGGAUAGACCGAUUGUCGUGUUUCCCGAAUCCACGACGAGUAAUGGCCGCGGGCUGUUGAGGUUUUCAAAUGUCUUUCCCAAAGAGCAGGUCCCAACUAAGAAAUUCGGAGUAUUCAUCAUGUGUGUCAGAUAUGACCCACCGACGGACUUCACACCAACCCUGUCGUGCCCCAUUCCCUCCUCGUUCAAUCCACUGGGUCAUCUCUUUGCACUUACCACCUCCCUAACCCCUCUCUCUAUUUCCAUCCGACUACUGGAGCCCGCCGAUUCGAUUAGCUCUCAGCUAUUUAUGGUCAGUGAGGUGGUUCCCGACGCAGCCAACGAAGAUGUGUUCGUAUCGUCAUGCGCUGCCUUGAUAGCUCAGUUGGGGAAGAUGAAAAGGACUGGGCUUGGCUGGGAGGACAAGGCCAGCUUCUUUGAAUUUUACCGAGCACGGAAAUAUUGA